AGUCUUCCUGUCCCUACCCUACAUUCUCAGGUGCCCCGGGUGUCGUUUCCUGAUCUUGCCCCACAAAGAUGCAUCCAGGUGGCAAGGGGCAUUGCCAGAGUCAUCCUCAGUGUGGGCCACCCCCUGGCCAUGGUCCAGGACACUGUCCUGGGGGAUAUCACCCUCCAGGACCUGGUGGUCCACCCCAUGGCCAUGGUCCAGGACACUGCCCUGGGGGACAUCACCCUCCAGGACCUGGUGGCCCACCCCAUGGCCAUGGACCAGGACACUGUCCCGGGGGACAUCACCCUCCAGGACCUGGUGGCCCACCCCAUGGCCAUGGACCAGGACACUGUCCCGGGGGACAUCACCCUCCAGGACCUGGUGGCCCACCCCAUGGCCAUGGACCAGGGCACUGUGGGCCUCACCCUGGUCCACAUCACUGAGAAAUCAGAAGAAACGAAGAUACAAGAUGAGGAGUCUGCAUGGAAUCCCCAGCUGACGUAGCACCUGGUCUAAACUAGAAUUUUCCCUUGCAAAUAAAUAGCCUCCUGGAGGCCAUAUUUGUUCUUGUUA